AUGUAUGAGCUACGUGUGUCAACUCCUGGACGGCAGAAGACGUCAGAGUCCAUGCCCUUGAAGCUGCCUACGUGUUCACACGUCCUUCGUAUAGACGGUAUUAGGCAAUCUUUUCAGAUGCCUUACAUGGGACAUCAUAAAUUUCUUCACCGUACUAAUAAGACGUACACUAUUGAUCAGGGUAGCCGACACGUAGUCCUCACGAUCGAUUACAUCCAACCUGCUUUCAUCGACGAAGCCAAUGAGUCUAUUGCCACUUCAAACGCUUUAUGUGACGCUAGUAAUAAGUGCGUUACGUUACAAAUCCGUGACAUUCCUGCAGUGAGCAACGAUUUAUGCUCACAUGAUAGGGUCGUUCCGACAUCAUCGUGUACUGCCAGCCUUUCGACUCCCAGGACCAAUCUCUCUGGUAGGGAGGUCCGUAAGCCAGUUUACUUUUCCGACCAU